AACACAAACAAUCAUUUUUCAGAUUUCAGUAAAAUCCAAUUCCAAUAACAACGCACUAAUUUACUGACACGAUCGUUAGUAAUAUUAGAAAUAAAAAUAAGUUUUAUAACUUAAAGAUAUCAAAACUAUUAUAAAUCAUCAUUAUUCAGUUAACUUAUGAUAUGUGGCCUGUCAUCAAUUGAAAUGGAGGAAGCAGAGCUAUCCUCAUUGCAAACAGUGUUCGAAACGUUGAGACUUGCUUCCUGCCAAGAUCCAGCUGUUUUGAAACCUGCUGAGGAAAAGUUGAAGGAAUGGGAAAUCCUCCCAGGCUACUAUUCUAUUCUCAUGAAGAUAAUUUUGAAACACGACAUAGAUCUGAACGUGCGAUGGCUUGCGAUUCUGUGUUUGAAAAAUGGCGUUGACCGGUACUGGCGUCGCAAUAUCAGCAAUGGCAUCAGUGACCUGGAGAAGGACGGCCUCCGAAAAAGUCUGCUCUGCAACAUUCGCGAGCCAGUCCUCCAGAUCGCCACUCAGAUGGCUGUUAUUGUCGCCAAAAUUGCUAGACUGGACUACCCGCGCGAAUGGCCUCAACUGAUGCCCGCACUGUUGAGCGAGCUGAGGAGUGGAGGGGCGGAGCAGAGAGCGCUGCUUGUGCUGAGCCACGUCAUCAAGAGUCUGUCGAGCAAGCGGCUGGCCGGUGACCGCAAGCUGUUCCAGGAACUUACCGCUAACAUCUAUCCCUUCCUCUAUCAGCAGUGGACGGUGCACACCAAUGCUGCCAUCGCUCAGAUAUCGUUUGGCGACGAUAAGUGUGUGCACACCCUGGAAAAGGCCAGUCUGCUGCUGAAAUGCUUGUACAAGUUGACCGUGUAUGGCUUCGUCAAACUUCACGAGUCGUCCGAGGCAGCCUCCUUCCUACACUCCAUAUUCGGACACACCAAGACAAUGCUCGAACAACGUAAAACAGUGAAAGCAAUACAUGGUGUGACAGAAAUGUUGGAAAAGUUUAUAAUGAAAAUGACGAAAGUGCAGGCGACGGUGCUGUCAGACCACCCGUUCUCCUACAUUGAUCUACUGCAGCCAACACUAGAAUUAACCUAUUACUACAUAUUUGUGCCGGACAACGAGGCUUUCCUUUUCGAAUCAUUUUUGAUUCUUUGUCUCAAUAGACUGAAAACAAUUGUACAGACUUUGGAGUUCAGGCAGGGUAAGCAGAGAGAAAGCUGCUCUUCCAAGCUAUUUGAUGCUCAAGCAAACGAACUAGAGAUACGAACAGCCCAGGCUGUGGAAAUAAAGAAGGAAUUUUUCAAUGAGACUGUCCUGAAUGUGAUCUGCCGCAAGCUGAUAACCCACUACUUCCUGCUCACUCCGCAAGAUCUGGCUCUGUGGGAUUCUGAUCCAGAAACUUUCUAUAUAAACGAAUCGGCUGAAAAUUGGAAAUAUAGUCUGAGGGUAAGUAUUGAGAAAAUCUUCAAACGUUCCUUCUGAGUAGAAAGUAUUGAGAAAAAAGAAGCUUUUCUGCAAUAGUUGAUUUAUUUUUUUUGUCAAAAUUAGGAAAAUAAACAGUUUUGGGUUUAUCCCGUUGGUUCUCUCCCAAUAAUUUAUUUGAUGAUGCAAUUUUGGAAUGAAAUAAAUAAGUGAAUAAAUAAUAAAUCCUUCGGGCACCACAAUAAUGUUUCCACAACCA